GAAUUAAAUAAACCACAGAAGAAUGAAGAUAUCCUAUCCGUGAUAUUUAAUCUUUAUUUACAAAUUACUUAAUGCUGAACAAAAUUACAAAAUAGAAAUAAAAUAGAAGUUACUUGUGUGAAUAUCUUCUUAAAAAUAAAAAGUUCGGCUCAGCGUGAAAAAAUAAGUAAUUACAAUAUCUCAAGUUAUAAAUACGAAGUGUUUUGAUAUGCGAAACAGGAAAUUGCUGGAGCGUUCUAGGAUGUUGUGUAUGCGUUGAUAAUUGUGUGAACUGGUUGAGAAUCACAUAAACAAUGGUUCCCGCACCGAGCUGUCCCAUUGCGUGGGACUACUGGACCGCCACACCGUCAGAUUACGUGGAGCUAACAUGCCUGAUGCCAAACACUAUAUUCCUCUCCCUGAGAGUAAGCUGGAACGCUACGCUCCAUGGAGUGAAAGAGGAGUUAUGGGACCUAGCCAUGAAGCAGCCCCUUUUCGGGAUGCUGCGGGAGAUGUCGGGCUAUGUGUUCCAAUUCAUCAACUCCUUGGCAGUUCCUGAAGAGGUUGACGAUGAGAACAAAAGGGUGCGUGACAUCAAACCAGCUCUCGGAGUGCUUAUGAUCAUUGAACGAUCAAUACAGAGGCCUGGAGAGAACUUGUUAAAUACACAAAUCAGUCAUUUAAUUGGAAAAGGUUUAAAUGAAUUUGAUAAUUUAAGAAGUUCAGAAGUGAAUGACUUUCGAAUGCGAAUGCGUUACUUAGCCGAAGAGAGUCUACUAAAGAGAGCACAGAGUACCAAACUAGAAAGAUUACGAUACCACUGCCCACCGAGAUUAGCUGAUCAUCCUACAGUUCCACCGAGUUUACACAGUCACCUUAAUAACAACUGCUUCAUACUUGUGACUAAAGUGGCCAAGACAGAGUUCUCCUUCACAUCGAACGUGUCAGUGAGCCUGACGCCGCAGCAGCACAUCGAGACGAUACUGAGGAAGAAGGCCAACUCGCUCAACAUGCGCGGCGAGAACCCUCGCAACUAUGUGCUUAAGGUUUGCGGUCGUGAAGAGUACCUGCUCGGCGACCACCCCCUCAUCCAGUUCCUGUACAUCCAAGAGACGCUGUCCAGGGACGGCGUGCCGCAAGUCAUGACCGUCGGCAUUGACAGUAUAUCAUUGGGCUCCGAUGUCCACUACCCUUCGCUACCUGAGCGGACGCGGCUUUCUUCAGAUCAAUCUAACACUAUAAGGAAGAAGAAAAACUACGAGUCGUCGUGGAAGAUCGACAACAACUACUCAUGUAUUGUGCACAGUGUCGGUGGACUCAACGUGGACCCUGGCAGACCGGUUGAGGUGGUCUGUCAAGCGGGCAUCUACCACGGCGGCAAGCCGCUGUGCGAGCCGCGCAAGACCCGAGUGGCAGUCGUCACCAUGGAGGGCGAGGCGCAAUGGAACGCCAUGCUGCAGUUCCCCAUCAAAGUGUGCAACGUUCCGCGCAUGGCGAGGCUUUGUUUCGUUAUUUAUGAAAUAUCCAAGGCUAAGAAUAAAUGGAAAGCCAAUAAGGACUCAGUAAACCGUCUAGCGUGGGCCAACACCAUGGUGUUCGACUACAAAGACCAGUUACGGACAGACGGCGUCACGCUGUACAUGUGGACGCACGUGGCGGACGGCACGCAGGGCGACGACCUCUUGCUGCACCCGCUCGGCACCGUCGUGUCCAACCCCAACACGGAGUCCUGCGCCGCGCUGCAAGUGCGGUUCUCCAACUACGACUGCCAACAUCCAAUCCUAUUCCCGAAAGCGGAGUCUGUGAAGGCGUACGCAGAUCAGCUCGAAGACGAAGCGGGCGACGCCGCGGCGAAGCUCAGCGAAGACUUUGAGAACCUUCGCAUCACAGCCGAGAAGGACCCGAUGUAUGAGAUGCACGAACAGGAAAAGAAAAAUAUAUGGGCUUCAAGAGAGUAUUUCCGGAUAGCAGCCCCCGAGUUGCUGCCGAAGCUGCUGUCGUGCGUGGAGUGGACGGAGCGCGCGGAGGUGGCGCGCGUGGUGCGCAUGCUGGCCACGUGGCCGCUGCUGCGAGUGGAGUCGGCGCUGGAGCUGCUGGACUACGCGUACGCUGACGCCGCGGUCAGGAGCUUCGCUGUCAAGUGUCUGGCCAAGAUCAGUGACGAAGACCUCCUCCUGUACCUGCUUCAACUGGUGCAAGCGCUGAAGCACGAGUCCUACCUCAUGUGCGACCUGUCCGUCUUCCUGCUACAACGGGCCUUCGACAACAUGAACAUCGGACACUACCUGUUCUGGCAUUUGAGGUCUGAAAUGCACGUGCCGUCCGUGUCAGUGCGCUUCGGGCUCGUGCUGGAGGCGUACUGCCGCGGCUGCCAGGACCACAUCAACAGCCUCAUGCGACAGAUAUCCUGCCUCGACAAACUUAAAUGGGCGAAUCAAUGCAUUCGCAAAAAGAAAGAAAUAACAAAGGCGCGCGCCGCACUCCGUCAGCACCUCGAAGAGCAGCACUGUCUAGAGACGCUCUCCGACUUCGUGUCGCCGCUCAUACCGAGCUUAGUCUGUAAGAGAAUCAAGCCUGAAGGUUGUCGCGUGAUGGACAGCAAGAUGCGUCCGCUGCUGCUCGAGUUUGAGAACGUGGACCCCACGGGCAGCGACAUCCGCAUCAUACUGAAGGUGGGCGACGACCUGCGCCAGGAUAUGUUCACGCUGCAGAUGCUGCGCAUCAUGGACCGGCUGUGGAAAAACGCAGGAUACGACUUUAGAUUGAACCCCUACAACUGUAUAUCGAUGGAGUACGCGGUGGGCAUGAUCGAGGUGGUGGACGAGGCGGAGACGGUGGCCAACAUACAGAAGCAGUCCGCGCGUUUCAACGCCACCUCCGUCAUAUCCAGGGUCAACUUGUUCCAAUGGCUCCGCAAAAAGAAUCCCACGGAGGAGUCAUUCAACAAGGCGGUGGAGGAGUUCACGAUGAGCUGCGCGGGGUACUGCGUCGCCACAUACGUGCUGGGCAUCGCAGACCGACACCCUGACAACAUUAUGAUUAAGGAAAGUGGACAGCUAUUCCACAUAGACUUUGGCCACUUUCUGGGCCACUUCAAGAAGAAGUACGGCGUCAAGCGCGAGUUCGUGCCGUUUGUUCUGACGCACGGCUUCAUACACGUGAUCAAUAAAGGGCAACGCGGCGGGAACAACGAUCUGCUGGACUUUAAGAUAUUUAGAGAGCUGUGUGAGACGGCAUUUAAAAUCCUAAGGAAGCACGGGCAUCUGAUCCUGUCACUGUUUUCAAUGAUGAUCUCCACCGGAUUACCGGAGCUUAGUUCGGAGAAGGAUUUACAGUACCUAAGACAAACUUUGGUGAUGGAUCUAUCAGAAGAGAAGGCGAUAGAGCACUUCAGGCUGAAGUUCGACCAGGCGGUGACCAGCUCGUGGACGGCGUCAGUCAACUGGGCGUUCCACAACAUGGACAAGAACAACUGACAGUGACCCGUGAGCAGGCGCCUCAAGCGCCAGCCCACCAGCAAGCACGCGCCGCAGACGCUGUGAGCGACCACACUUAUGUCUAACGUGAUGUAGUGUUAGGGAACAAUUUUGAUACUUGACCAUUUUGAUUACUUUUGCGAAGCUUUUAUUUUUUUGUGCUAAACUUCAAGUCAGCUCUAACCACAAGGCCUAUGAAUUAUAAGCCUGGCAAAUGAAAGUGUGACCUGAAAAACAUACGCGAUUUUUGAUGUCGGUUAAAAAACGCAGCAAAUUCAAAAAAUCUGCAUGUGGUUACACUACACAAUGUUUUGAUCAGAGAUAUAAUAUCAGAUAAUGAAAUGAAAAACUAUUAUCAAAACACUUUUUCCUGCUAUAGUUAUUGAUGCAGAUUUUUUAAUUUUCUGCAUUUUUAGGUAUCGCUUUUCUUUACCAAAGUCUACAAUAGGUGCGCCGUUCGGCGUUUUGCCAGAUUCAAAGUUUGGCACGUACAUAUUCGUGCUUAUCUUAGGCCUACUGCACAUCGGUAUAACUCAAAUUUUCAGGUUGUCAUGGUAACACUCAUCAACUUCCCAACUACAGGCUGCUACUGAGGAUUUCUUGGAAAUAAGAAAAGCUUAGUAUUUCGUAGCCCUUACCAGGACUCAAACUUAGUAAAUAAUAUUUAGUAUCAACCUUCGAGUUUAAUAAAAUUAUAAUUAGGUAAAGGUAUAGAAGGUUAUUUGUGUCAUUUAUGUGGCAAAGUAGACCUUAGCCAAAUAUGUGUACAUUAUAACAUAGUUAUUAUCUUUAUUCCCUAGGCCUGUAUUAUUAAUCAACACGCAUGAAAGUUAAAGACAGUUUUUUUAUUUGGUCAAGUAUCAAAAUUAUUUUGGUUGACUAUAACACAGUGACUGUCAGUGUUCGAGUUUGAAAGUGAACUUUACGUAGGAAUAAAUUAAAAUUUAAAAUUGAAUGGACUCUUACGAGCGAUUUCGGAAACUUCAUCACAGAUCGACAAGUGCUGUUUAGACUCUAUUACUAUACGCUUAAGGCUUAUUAUCGAUUAGGUUAACCGAGUUGAGGCUUGGAAGGGAUAUUUCGUGUAUAUGCAAAGCUCAAAGGUCAAUAUUAAUUGUUUAAAUGAAAGUCAUUAAUUAAAAUAAGAACAAUUUAUUCUAAUGUAUGUUUGAUAUGUAAGGGGUGUUCCAUUUCCUAUAAAGCGUCUACACACGUGCCAACUUACUAAUACUUAAGUCGACAGCGAAGUUUGCACUGUCUAUUAUAAUUGAUUAGUUCGCCGUCGAUUUAAUUGUUGUAAUUUUAUAGUAAAGUAUGUUUCAACAUGUUGGCACAUCUGUAGAUGUUCAUUUAACCUUUAAUUCUAUUAUUGCUUACAAUUAUUAUAUAUAAAUUGAAAAUUAUAAUGUAUGCCUUUCAUGUAAUAAUAAUAAUAUAAUAUUAUGUAUAUAAUAUAUAAUACUAUUAAACAUUUGGAAUUAUUACGUAACUUUCAUAUACAUAUAUAGAUCCUUUGUAAUGCAAGUUAUUUAAGCCAAAAAUAUACAAUCAGUAGGUAUAAUUGUAAUUAUAAAAAUAAUUAUAAUUUCAGUCAUAUAGCAGAAAAUUUGAUAUCUAUAGGAAUUUUGUAAAAUUAUAAACAUGAUUACCGGGGGUGCCGUGUAUACAAGUUGAUUUUUUUUUAUUUAUUACUAGUUGACGGAAGAAAAUGUCCUACUUGAUGUUAAGUGAUAACCAUAUAUUAUAACAGUAUCAUGUUUUACUCUAGCUCGGAGUAGACACAAUACCCUGCCGCUUUAUCCUUAUUAGUAUUUUUACAUAUUUUUUUUUUAAAUAUUUGCCAUAUCUUAUAAGAGUGAUAUAUAUUUUUUUUUAUUAUUUACAAGUUAGCCCUUGACUACAAUCUCAUCUGAUGGUAAGUGAUGAUGCAACCUUUGAAACCGAAAGACGUCGAAGUUGUUUGACAAAGGGAAAAAACAUUGAAAACAGGGAAAAUAUGAAUCUUCCUCAACUAGAAAGACAUACACGGUUAUUCAGAAUGAUUCCAUAAUUUUAUUAUUUUUUUUAAACAAACAACACAAUUUCCGAAGAUUUUAUACUAUUAGAUAUGUCACUAGCACGUCGAAACUGAGGCGUACAAAGGUGGUUAAUUGUCUUAAUUUAAUUAAGACGCAUUGUAAACAACGAAUGUUGUAUAAACAAAUAAUACCUAAAUAUUGUCUACAAUGUCGAGUUGUGUGUUCAGGAAGUGUAAAAAAUUUAUAUACAUGAAUAUAUAAUGUAAGUUAAAACAAAAUUGUGCAUGUGUGUGGUUAAGUAACUAAAUUCGGAUCAUGUUUUGCUGUGAUUUUGUAGGCACGUAACAUAUCUACUAGUAUAAAAUCUUUGCCAAUGGCCAUGAUUUAUAAUUUGAAUAAAAAGUUCAGUUGAGUUUUGAUUGUAGCAGUAUUAUAUCGUAGAAUUUAGGUUUUUUUAUAUAAAUUAUUUCAGGCUACCUCUUGGUGUACUGAAUUGUACCAGUCCUUAUUUGUUUGUGGUUAGUUUCAUACUAGUUUUAAGUUAUUCAUGCUGAUGACUUUUCUGCUUAUUCAAAAAAUAAAAGUCCAUCCUAUAAGGACAAUUUGAAUUAAACUGCUUUGAUUUAAAUAGUUGUAUUUUGUGAUUACGAGCUGAUUAAUUUGGUACGAGAUAUAAUUUCAAUUGAAACAGCAUUAAGCUAUAUAUAGAUUUUUGCAAUUUGAUACAAAGAAUAAAUGAUUAAUUUGGUACGAUAUAUAAUUUCGAAUGAAACAUACAUAUAUUUGUUUAUGAGUCUGCGAGCUGCAAGUUUCUAGAAAAUAAUAGCCAAUUUGAUACAAAAUAAGAUUUCGAAUUAAACUGCAGUUAUCUAAAUAUAUUAUGUAUAUAUUAUAGUUAAUUAAAGCGGUUACUUCGAGAUGAAACGGUAAUAGUUAAUUCGAUACGAAAUAUAAUUUCUGAUUAAACUAAAAUAAUCUAAAUAUAUUAUGUAUGUACGAGUAUACAAUUAGAUAAAGCAGUUCUUUGCGAGCUAAUACAGAAAUAACUAAUUAGAUACGAAAUAUGAUUUCAAAAUAAAUUGCAUUACUCACUAUAACAUACUAGUACAAUGUAUUCAAUUGAAGUUGUUACAUUCUGGAAUAAAAUUUAUUUCUGUAUGAAAUAUGAUAAGUAACUGUCUAUUAAUUGUAUAAUGUAUCACACAAUUGUAAAUUAGUAGAAAACUUUAAUAAAAGAAUUAACACUUUUUAUAUAAUUUCAGUACGCUUAGUACGCUCCCAAUAUAAAUAUACAAAUUAAUCUAUAUCGUAAAAUAGACUUUAUUGUAUAGUAUACGCCAAACUUCGAGUCCAUUCUACACGAUGCAUACGCCUAGUGUACUAAAACAAAUCUCAGUCGAAGUAUAAUAGCUACUCAUUUCGAUGUGUUUAAAUUUCAGAGUGGACUAGACGUAUGGCGCAUACUGUAGAGUCCUUUUCAUGAAAACGGUCCCGCAGCAAAAGUCUUACACAAAUGACAAUCAGACCGCCAUUUCCAAAUGACAAUGAGCGCCAAUUAGACAUUAGCGCUGCGUUUGGGGGACUUCUUUCAUGAAAAGGAAUAUACAUGAAUUAAUAAUGGAGCUUCCAGUUAGCAAUAAAAAUAGUUCUUAUGAGCGACUCUAUUAUAUGAGCCGUUAGAAUCAUUUUGCUCUGAUAAUAGUCAAUGCAACUUCGUAAAGAGCAUUAUUGGUGGAACUGUAUGUAUGUAUGAACACAACCGAAUUCAUUCGUAAUUUUACAACUACGAUUAAAUUAAAUUAAUAGAAUAAUAACAGUAAAUAUAUUAAAAUAAAGUUAUAAAUAAGUACUAUUAUUAAAUAUUGCGCAUGUUAAUUACUUGUAAUAUUAUAUAUAUAAUCUUUAUAAAUACAUUUCUCUUGUAUAAAUUGUAGUUGAUUGCAAAUACCAUAUAUAUUAGUAAUUAAAUAAAUAAUAAGCGUCUAUUGCAUUCACAGAAGAAAAAAUACAUCUUAAGCUUACAUGCCGACAUCUCUGACUUGUUAUUAUUAUGGUCUAAGAUCCGGCAUUAAUAAUAUGUACCCUCAUCUGUUAUUCAUUAGUAUGCUAUGAAAUAAAUAUUAGAUAAUGUUCACAGUGACAUAUUGCAAAUAGUUUGCCCAGUUUAAUUGCGGUCAAACACAUUUUUCAUACAUAAUCUGGAAAACUAUGAACUAGAACAAAGGCAACCUAAUACAGAAUAAAUUAAACUUUCACUUGGCAUAUUAGACGACUAAAUAACUGACGAGAGAGACUAAAUAACUGACUAUAGAUAACAUUACUUAACUAAAUAAAUUAAAAAAAUAAUAAUAAUCAUUUAAUACAAUUUAACUCGGCGACCUAUGUGCAAUGUCUCAAUGUAAACAUUUUCUAUCAUUUAUAUCUUAUCCUAAUCAAAUAACAGAUGAGGUUAUAUAUUUCUUUUACCGGAUCUUGUACUAUUAUAAAAUUAUGUCUCACGUAUGUAGGUAUCACAAAUAAACGUUAAGUAACUUCGCAAACUUAAAAUGGAGGCUAUGAGGGUUUAAAUAACGCACCUUUUAAAAAUAUUAUUCCAUUAAACUAUUGUAACAUGUGCAUUAUUAUGUAUAUCAUUUUUAUUCCAGUGUAAUUUGCGGAAUAUGAUUAACCAACUGCCAGCUUUAGAAAGACAACACUGUAAAUUAAUAUUUAAUGUCUGCAAUGAGAAAUUAUAAAGCUUGUCACAUAAAAUGAACACUGAUCUUACCGCGCGUUUUAUAUUGAAAAAACAUUAUCAAUGUCUUUUUUGAGUGAGCAAAGAAAAUACUGUAAAACCUUUUGGAUUAAGCGGUGAAUGGAACAAAUUAUAUGGCGAAAUUUCGACUUCAGUUUGAAUGUUAACUAUAUAAUUGUUAAAUGUAUUUGUUAACUCUUCUUGUGCAUACGCAUUUAGUUUGGAUAAAUGACGAUAAAAUCUAAUUUUGUAGACUACCAAAGAGAAAGAAAGGUGUGGAUAAAAACUUGUUAUUUUUGUGCACACUCAUUACACGGGUAACAAACUAAAGGGGUUGCUAAAAAAAUUAAACCACUCAUCCCCAUGUCAAAGAAAUUGUACCAAGCGUUAUACAUCUUCAUUUCUCUUACAUACUAGUGUAAAUUUUCUCACUCUUUCUUUUUGAAGUAUUUGUUCCUUUUACGUGACGCUAGUUACAGUUAUUAUUAUUAAUCCUUAACUUCGUCUCCUUGCGAGCGAUCGAGGACAGUAUAUAUGUGUUUAAAUACUUUAUUAUGUAAAUUUGUGUAUUCAUGCAAUGUUAUAUGGAGUUAUGAAUGAAUGAUUAUACAUAUUAUUAUUGUAUAUUAUGAUAAGUGUAGAUAGACCCGCACUGUUCGCAAAUCGUUUUGGUUUUUGUAUGAAUUAUUAUAAUAUUUGUAUGAAUAUAGCAUAGAAUUAGUAGCGCGAGCGGGUAUGUCUACACGUACCUUUAGGCUUAAUAAUAAUUUAAGGUUCAUAAAACAUCGCAAUUCUAUAUCCAAUAGUUCCUUUGUAUGUGUCAUUUGUAAUCGAGUAAAGAAAGAAUGCAUAAUCAUUUAAAUAAAUAUUGUAUAAAAGUAAUUUACCGAAUAAGGGUCGGUCCAGACAUAUCUGAGUCGCGAAUGUCCGGGACACCGCAGCCGUGACGUAUGAGUAUGUCAGGGACGUGUCUUAUCUGUGCUAACGAAAGGGAAAUGGAUUUAAGUGAUCUCAGUUUUGGUUUCGGUGUUACACAGUAUUGUCGGUUGUCUUUAAUAAAUGUUAUUAGUGUCCUGCGGUUCUGUAGGAAUAUAGUAAAAGUAAGUUACUCAGUUAUAACAUCAGCUAUCCACCAGCCUAAGUUAUGUUAUAAACGGUCCAGCCGUUUCAGAGUGUAUUAGAGAAACAGACGAACUUUUAAAAAUAUUUUGAUUACUGUUUAUUUGAAAUUACAAACAGACAUUAUUUCAAUUUUAUUUAUCUGUAUAUAGAUACGUACUUUAUUUAAAGCGAAAGUAUGCAUUCUGCUAUUUUUACAAACCGAGUUUGAAAUGCCCGGUAUUGCUCUAGUAUUGUAACCGAACUUGCUCUUAGCUACCGAAAAUGCUCGUGCCCUGACAGAGUGUGGAUACCCUGACUGAUCACACCGGUCAGGGUAUCCAUGCUGUACAAGCAAACAUUUCACGGUCCCUUACUAAUCACCGGUAUGUCUGGAUAGACCAUAAUUAUUUGCUUAUCUCAAAUAUAUUUUUUUUUAAAUAAACAAUUUACAUACUUAA